ACGGUACCUACUACAGAUAAAAAGCUGUGUACAUAGAAAUAAUUUUUUCACGUACACUAUGACAAAUGCAUCGUGGCAACAUCGCAUUAUUUAACCCUCUCUAACCUAUAAAUACAUAUAUAAGAAUUUGACAGUUGUUUCAUCAUGGAAAAAACAAGAUAUAAGGGUAAAUUUAUAAAAAAGAAAACUCUAGAAAGAAAUUUGAAAGCAGUAGAGAUUCUCAAUAAAGGGAAACUAAAAAAACAAAUUAGAAAUUUAACUUAUUCCAAUAGAGAAGCCGAACAUCCAAAAGUAAUCUCAAGUAGCAUGAAACAUGGUUUGUGUGAAGGCAUACGUUUUAUAGAUUUACAAGUUUUAAGUGAAAAUUUACAAUGUGAAAAAUGUGGUCAAUUGUUGCAUUUAAAAAAUGCAACUGAAGAAAAAUUAGUUGGUCAACGAGUGAAUUUGUUAGUGACAUGCACUGAAUGUCAAGCUGUCAAAGAAGUAUACACGACUAAAUCACACCUGUCAAGUGAUAAAAAAACAAUGAAAAGUGAUGUUAAUACAAGAUUAAUUCUUGGUGCCAUACACAGUGGGAUUGGGUGUACUGCUUUAAAUAAAAUGUUAGCUUGUAUGAAUUGUCCAAUAAUUUAUCCAGCAUUAUAUAAAAAAUUUGAGCGAGAAGUUGGAUUGGCUAUUGAAAAAACUGCCAAAAAUAGUUGUAAAGAAGCUGCAGAAGAGGAAAGACGUCUUGUGGUUGAAAAUAUUACAAAAUUAUGUGAAGAACUCCCCGAUGAAGUGGUGAAGGAGGUUUACCCCCAGUUAUAUAAAUUAGAUCGUGAUCCCAGCAUGUCAAGUGAAGAUCAUACUGAAGAAUUUGAUGUGGCAGUAGACAACAUCGUAAACAUCAUAGUUUCCUACGACAUGGCUUGGUCCAAAAGAGGUGCAGGAAAUAGCUAUGAUAGCUUCAACGGUUAUGGAGCAAUAAUUGGAUUUUUAUCCAAAAAAAUAAUCGAUUAUGGAACACGAAACAGAAAAUGCCGCCAGUGUGGAAAAAAUGCUGACAAAAAACAUGACUGUCGCAAAAACUUUCAAGGAUCUGCCAAAGCCAUGGAGGCUGAUCUUGGUUCUGCUCUUGUUAAUGAUAGCUCGAUUUUAAAAGAAGCAAACGUGAAUGUUCGAGUCUUAAUUGGAGAUGAAGAUAGUGCAACAAUAUCUUCAGUACGUAAGAAUAGUGCACAUAGUAUUGUGAAGUUUGCUGACUAUAAUCAUCUUCGUAAACACUUUGUUAGUGAUUUGUAUUCGUUAAAAAACAAGUAUAGAGAAAUGGCACAUAAGAGCGUAAUUCCGCAUUUGAAGAAGUGCUUUGGAUAUGCUGUAGCUCAGAAUAAAGGGCAAACAGCAAAAUUAGCAUCUACACUUCGAUCUAUUCCAGAUCAUGUUUAUGGGCGACACGAAAAUUGUGAUUCUUGGUGUCAUCGAGAUUCUGCUGAUUCUAAUAACAAUACCGAAUCACAAACUAUUUUACUUCACAAUCCAGAGCUCUUCAAAGAGUUGUCAACAAUUUUUCAAAAGUAUGCAAAUAAUGCAUCGAAGUUUUCAACUGGAGCAUCCAGUCAGAGUAACGAAAGCUUUCACAAUAUGGUUGCACAUAAGAAUCCAAAAAAAGAUUGUCAUUCACUUAGUGAGGCUAGCGAUUUUAGAAUAGCUAGUGCUGUAUGUACAAAGAAUGAAGGUAAUUUGUAUUUAUCUAAAGUAGAAAAGCAGUUGAAUAUGAGUCCAGGAAAGAGAACCGCAUCUUUUUCAAGUCAACUAGAUGAAAAAAGACUUAAACGUGCAAAAACAGCUUCUUUACCAAAAACGAAAUUGAGAAGGGUACAUUUGCGACAACAAAGAGUAGAUUUGAGGAAAAAAAACGAGAAGUCAGAAGGUACUAUGUACGAAUCUAAUUGUGGUCUCGAAUUAUCAAAUGAUUUAUCUGCUGAAAAUAAUAUUAAUGAAGAAGAUGAAAGAUCACCUUGUCUUUUGAAAACAGUAAAUGAGUACAACAUCAUUUACUUUGAUCUAGAAACUUCAGGAUUUGGCAGAUCAGCGGAUAUUUUACAAAUCGCAGCUGUUGGUCAAGAAUCGGUAUUUUCUACUUAUGUAAAUCCAUCACAACCUGUCACAGUCUCUGCAUCAGCAGUUACUGGGUUAGAAAAUAUUCAUGGUGAAUUAUUUUUACAUGGUAAAAAAGUAUCUUCUAUACCGAUACACCAAGCUUUGUUAGAAUUUAAAAAUUAUUUAGCUUCAUUGUCAACACCUAUUCUCCUUGUAGCCCAUAAAGUUACAUUUGAUUCGCAUUUUUUAGUUCGAGCAAUUCAAAAACAUUCACUAAUAUCUGAAUUUGAAAGUGUGAUUAUUGGAUUUUCAGAUUCUUUAAAUAUCUUCAAAACAAAGUAUCCUGAUCGAAAAGGACCAGGAGUAUUUAAGUUAUCUGCAUUAGCAAAUGAUUUUCUACCUGAAAAUUCUAACGAGAAUUUUCACGAUGCAGUGUAUGACGCGAAUGUAUUACAGCAAUUAAGCUCAUUACUAAUUUCUAAAACUGAGUUUUUCGAUACAGCGGUAUCAUUUAGAGCUACUUUACAAUCUAUUAUGAGAUUACAAAAUGAAAACUGUUUAAAAAAAACUUUACAACCUCUUCAAAAUAUUAUUUCGUCUGGUAUGAUUAAAAAAAUCUCACAAGCUGGGAUAGAUUACAAUAAAUUAAAAAAAAUAUACCUACAGGAUGGAGAAAAUGCUAUCAUAGACCUGUUAUCUAAAAAAAUAGAGAUGGGACAACUUUGGUUACUAAGAAUAAAAAAAUUUUAAGAAAAAUAAUUGAAUUUUUCAAAAAAAAUAAUUAGUCAUUUUUGUUUUGCGCUCAAAUUGUCAUUUUCUUACUAUUAUUGAAUAUUUAUUAAAAUUCAC